GUGAACGAACUACAAGGUAGCGAUGAAGUCGUCCUCAAUGAUCGAGUAAACAUGAAGUUGUAAUACAGGAGGAUUCGUUUAAAAUGGACUCAAUUACAGAUAGCCUUAUCAGUUGGCUACAAACCUUCAGCGUAUCAGCUCCUCACAAGACCGUGGACCAGCUUUCCGAUGGGGUGGCACUGGCUCAAGCGUUGAAUGAAAUUGAUCCUGACUAUUUCAACGCGGCUUGGUUAGCCAAGGUCAAGACUGAUGUCGGAAAUAACUGGAGGCUCAAAGUCAGUAACUUGAAAAAGAUUCUAAAGGGAAUAAUGGACUACUACAACGAGGUGCUGUUCCAACAAAUCACGGAGUUUCGAUUUCCGGACGUCACGGCCAUCGCGGAAAGCGGUAAUCGUGAUGAAAUGGGCCGAUUACUGCAGCUGGUUUUGGGCUGUGCUGUCAACUGCCCAAGGAAACAAGACUACAUUCAGAAGAUAAUGGGGCUCGAAGAGGUCGUUCAACAUGUUGUCAUGAAGGCAAUUCAGGAGCUGAUAACAAAGGAGGCGCCUAACAGCUAUCUUCAAACUGAUAACUUCGAGAUGAACGAGCAGCUGAAGAAAGUCGUCGAGGACCUUCAGGCCGUCACAGAGGCCAAGGAGCAGAUCACACAGCGCUGCCACGAGUUGGACAUGCAGGUGACGAUGUUACAAGAGGAAAAAGCCAGUUUAUUACACGAAAACGGAAAGCUGCAAGAGAAGCUGUGUCACCUGGAGAACACAGAAGAUCCCAGCAGCUUAGCAGCAGGCAACAGGUUUCAGCCGAGCCAGCAGAAACUUGAUGCCCUGCAGGCGGAAGUUUUCAAGCUAGAGACAGCAAGGGACGAGUACAGGAUAAAAGUGGAGCUUCAGGAAAAGGAGAUCCUAAAUCUGCAAGAAAAGAAUGAAGAGUUGCACCGAGCAGUGAACGAAGCGCAAAGUCUAAGGGACGAACUCGACGUCCUGCGGCAUACAUCGGACAAAGUUGGUCAUUAUGAGGCUACGAUAGAAACUUACAAGAAAAAACUUGAGGACCUGAGCGACUUGAAAAGACAAGUGAAGCUUUUAGAAGACAAAAAUACAGCUUACAUGCAGACGAAUAUUGAGCUGGAAGAGGACCUGAAGAAGAUGGCAGCGUUAAAGUCGCAGGUUGACUUGUACAAGAAGCAGACGCAAGAGCUGAGGCUUCAACUGUCGGACGAAACGCGUCGAGCCAAUAAGGUGGACUUUGAGGCGAAACGACUUCAAGAGAAGUUAAUUUCUCUGCAGACUGAAAAAGAGAGGUUGAUUACGGAGAGGGACUCCUUAAAAGAAAGCUUGGAAGAACUGCGUUGCCUGCAGUUGCAAAAAGAGACUUCAGAUUCUCAGAACACAGGGGCGAUGAAAGUGAUGGUUUCAGACUCGGAGAUGGUGGAAACACUUUCGCCUGAAAUCAAAGAGAAGCUCAUACGCCUCCAGCACGAGAACAAGAUGCUACGGUUGCAGCAAAGCUCAAGCGACGACCAACAGCUCACCCUGCUCAAGACGAUGCUCGAAGAUGCCGUCGCACGGCGCAACGAACUGGAAACAGAAGUCAACCUGUUAAACCGACGGAACGUGGAACUAGAAAGCGAACUUCAGGACGUGCGCGAAAGUCACGACGCGGUGUCCAGCAGCGAGGGCUCCGAGACUCGACACAGGCUUUCCGCCGCGCAGCGUCGCUGCAAGGAGCUCGAAGCCGAGCUGCACGAGAAGGAAGCCGCCCUCGACAGCCUGGACGGACGACUGCACGAGUCAAUUGAGAAGCAGACGCAGCUGAGCGAGCAGCUGGACAAGAAAGCGGAAGAAAACAGAGUGAUGGAAGAACGGUACCAGAAGUACCUGGAAAAAGCCAAGAACGUGAUCAAGACUCUGGACACGCGGAACGUGUCGCCGUCGGGUGCGGAGCUGGUCUCGCUCAAGAACCAGCUGCAGGACAAGAACAAGUUCAUCGCACAACUGCAGCAGGAACUGGAGCAGACGCGGGCUCAGUGGGAAAAAGAAGAGAGGCUCAUCAGCACCGCCUUUUAUAACUUUGGCGCAAACAUGCAGCGGAAGGCGUCCGAAGAGAGAAUUGUGCAGACUGCAGGCGGCCAGUCGUUCUUGGCAAGACAGCGCCAGGCAACGACAAAACGACACAACCUCCCUGGAGUGCCGUCGAGUGAGUUUUUUGACUGAAGCGAGCCCUUAACCACGCCGUACGUUGUUACGGCCACGUUUACAGUGUUUUGGGCUUCCCGGCAUGCCGCAACCAAUUUGCCGCAGUUCAGCAUGCAAAAACGCGAGGCGGCCACUGCAGGAGACACGUUGUCGAACAGCCAUCACGACAUACCGUUUCUUUUUUUUUUUUUUCUUUCAUUUGACGAGGUGCUAUGGUUCCUAAAAGUGUAUAGUAAUACGAGAGAGGGGCAUCUUUUAUGUUCUCAUGUGUCUUUAUGUGUGGUAACUAGCAUUAUAAGCUUUAGCACUACAUUGUAGCAGACGACAGACGUUUUGUGGAUAUAUAUACUACGUGUUGGGGGUACACUACAUUUUCGUAAGGUUAUAUCUUUUGAAAUCAAAUUUAAAACCUUGAUGGAAUGAAAUACAUGAGAGAUUCGUGGAGCUGGUUUGUAUAAUUGACUACUGGUUGAACUUUGCAAAGCUUAGUGUCCAUGUGUCGUAUAUCACCACAUCAGUGCGGUACAUCAAUCUGGCUCUACAACAAACGUGUUACACACAGUUUCAUAAGCUGGUCAUGUGGUUACCUUCUUUAGUUAUGAGUGUCGUUAUGAUAAAUGAAUCAAAUAAAUGAGUGAAUAAAUAAAUAUGAAUAAAGUAAAGUGAAGAAAUAAAUAUAAAGUGAGCAAAUAAAUAAAUGAAUAAAAUCAACAAAAUUAUGAUACAUACUAGAAGGUAGAAAAUUAUGGGUACACCCUUUCGCAACUAGCACAUCUGCAAAGUAGUAAUCGCAGUAACAACCACAGAAUAAAAUACAGUACUGCUGCUAUCGUAUCAUAAUGGAGUCAGGACAGUAGAUUCCUUAAAAUUUACAAAUUGUGAUAGUCUUUUUUGUGGCAUCUUGUGAUCCAGGAAAGGUCUUAGAUAUUGUACAAAGUAAAUUGUUCGCUACGAUAUGCCGGUAAAGAAUAUGUGCUGACGUGUAGCUACAUCCUACUGUGGAGGGAUUAAUGCUACUCAGUAGUUAGUUCUGUGCACAUAUCCAUGUGUUAUGUACUUCUGUGCUUUCGUUUUACAAUCUGAGGCAUGUACAAAGGUGUGUUUGAAUACGCAAAGCCCACCACUUGCAAUAUCAGUUACGGCCAUUAUGCAUGUAUGUUGUUUGACAUAGGGCGCAAUAACCCAUAUUUCCAUCAUAAGCUCAUUUCAUUCACACUAGCAGUUACGUGACAAUCAAAGUUGGUUGAUGUUGCAAGCUUAUAUUCACAUAUAAUGUGGAAUGUUUAUUAUGUAUUGUUUGUGAGGUGGAUGGUUGUUAUUGUUCAAGUAUUUAACUCCGUAUGUUUAUAUGGAGGUUAUCAAAGUUCCAAGUAAUGAUGUGCCUUCAUUUUAAUGUACUCUGCAAAUAUCAAUCUAACGUCAUGUGUUGAUACUUUAUGGCAAAAAUGUUCAUUUGCAGUUUGCACACAUGCCCAAUGUAGUUAUAGUAAGACAGUAUUUAUCAUCAGACGAGUGGUAUCAGUUUUCCCUUUUAUAUUUAUAGCAUGAAUUUGUGAUGAUGGGUUUUAAUACGACAAUACAUUGUAUUGUACAUGGUGUAUUUAAAUAAACAGGGAACAUACAAGGACA